GAGAUCGAUCCGUAGAUUUGCUUAUAUGUUGAAUUAAUAUGGAAUGAAAUAUCUAUACACAGGUAUUUAAUUUAAACAACUUAAUAUAUUACUGGUGCAGCCCAAUACGUAGCACCUAUUUUAAUAAAAUCAUGAUAUAAUAAAAAGCACAACACAGCUAAAUAUUAUACUAACUAAAACAGCAAACAGAACAUAUAGACAUAAUAAUUCAACUGAAUCUGAAUCGGUCGUUCGGACUGUUCGGAUUCAGUGACUAUCGCCGCUUAUGGUGGCAACAAAAGUAUUAAAAUGAACGAACGAUUGAUUGAAAUGAUUCGGUCCUUUUCGAAAUCGGUCACUGAUUGAUUCCGUCUUCAUAAAAUGAACGAUUACCACAACACUAGUUAUAGGCUGAAUGGUAGGGGAGACAAAAAACUGAAAUAUGUUUUAUGGCAAAAUCAAUUUUUUUCUAUAUCUUCUUAUAGUAUCUUCCAUCUCAAUCUAACAAUGUUGUAAUGAUUCUAGUAGAAAACUUCGCAAAAUUUGUAGCCUUUCGGACAAAUCGUGAUUUAGAAAUAGAAACUGACGCAUUCACAAUAGGUUGGCGAGCGACUGAAAAUAGGAUUAUAUUAAUAAAACUUAUAUUAUGACCGUAACUAUUUGGAACUUCAACGUGUCUUGCUAAGUUUAUGAAAUCUAGUAAUAUUUUAUUACGAGUAUAGAGAACACCAAGUUAUGUCCCACAUUAAUCGUACUUGUAGUUACACGCAGUAUAUAUCUCAAUAUCAGAAUAAUUUUGUGGCACAUGAGCAGUUCCGAUUGUUAGCGUCACAGACAGAAUUUGAAUUAAUGAAUGAAUGAACGGCAUAUGUUUCUUCUGGGCGCGCGAUCUUAUUUUCUCAUUGCAAAAUGAGUCUUCACACAGAUUUGGAUGAAGCCCAUUCUCUUUUGAAUUGUAAUAGAAUUACUGACCGUAAAAAGGCACUGGAAAAAAUUAUGGACCUUUUAAAUAAUGAUCAAAUAGUCAGUGAUAUUAAUAAAGGAAAUCCAUUUACUUGGAGUGCUUUACUAGAAUCCACCCAACAUUGUAUGAGAAAGGAAUGUGAUAGGAUUGCGGAAAACAGUGUUAAAAAGGGCUCAUCAAAAACAACAGAAAAAAGUUUUCAAUUAUGUUGUGAACUUUUUGCUCUAAUUGUGAAAUUGAGUAUUAAACAAGCAAAUGAAAAUAUUAAUAUAUCAAAGUUGAUUAGAUAUAUUGAUGGUAGCUUAAAGGAGAAGCGAAUGCAAAUAUAUAAAAAUUGUUUUGUAUCAACAUUGAAAGAUUAUAUUUUAUCUGAUUCGAAAUGUCUUGAUUAUUUUGAUGCAGAAGAUUUUGUUUUGUUGUUUAGUUUGUUUAAAACAUUAUUUCAAGAGAUUAGCAAUGAACAAUUUGACUAUAUCACAAUCUGUAGAUGUUUGGUUUUAUUAAUAAAUAAGGGGCCAUUGUCUGGUUUGCCAUCGUCAUAUUUACGAGAACAAUUUCCAUUUAUAUCAAAAUUAUGUCAAUCAGUGAGUCAUAAUUCUCCUCGGUCUCAACAAGAACACGCUGUGGAAUUACUGUUAGAUUUUUGUAAUCAUACUGUAGAAGACAACCGUAUGUCUUGUAUAAAGUUAGGGGAAGAUGUAUUAGCAAGCCUUGUUGAUUUAUAUGAUGUUAGUAGGCAUGAUUCACAAUUGAAAGUAAAUUUUAUAGAAUUCUGCCUUCUACAACUUAUAAUACACAACCCCAAUGGUGUUACUGAAGAACAUUCUUAUGCUUAUGCUCAUAACUGGCACAACUGGAAGGCCUGCAUUAGAAGUAUAUAUUUCAUAUUGAAUAAGGAAAUAUCAGAUUUUUUAAGAAAUUGUGUUAAGAACACCCUAUUUUUUAUACCUCAAGGAAAUGGAAAAACCAUUAUAUUAGACAGUUUUGUUUCCUUGUUUGUUGAAGUUGCAAACCAGAUAAUUAAGGACCAUGAUCUAGCCAAUUGCUCUAGUUUGGUUAGCCCAGAAACAUCACAGUUGCACAAAAGGAAAAAAGUUGAAGCCAGUCUAGACUCCUUCAUACAAGAAAUUCAGGAGACCAAAAGUUGGGUUUGGAUCAAACUGGUAAGUUCUCUGAUUGAAACAUAUCCAGAUCUAAUUGGAGGCAAGUCUUUCCUCAACUUGCUUCAAUUACUACAAUCUAUGCAAGUUGAUGACUCAAAUACUAUUGACUAUGUGUACCAAUGCCAAGCAGUGCUACUUGAUGUUCAAGACUGCAAAAUAAAGGACAAGAAAAGUGAAAUUGAUAAUCUUUGGAAGCUGAUUGGGGAAUCCACUUUAAGGGCCGUCGGUCUUAAUCAAAACGUAACUGCUGCUCAAACUUUAUUACAAAAAAUUAUCGAAAAUGACCUAUUGCAUCUCGACAAUGUAAUAGAAACAUAUAUUUCCAGUAUAUCAAUAAAUGAAUUUAGCUUGUACACAUUGGAACUGUUACUAAAGAAAAUAGAUUUUUCCGAGUUGGGAGUAUCUAAGAAGAAGGAUUUAUUCAGGAGUCUUUUGACGUCUCAGACUUUAUGCAGUUACAAGUGCUUUCUAAAACCAAAUUUUGCAAACAUCUUGGUUUCAUUAAUGUUGAAGCAGUGUCCCCUUGUUGAUAGUGAAUACAACUAUAAGAAAAGCACUAAAUAUAAAUCUUUAAAAGAUUUGUAUGCAAAAACCCACUUCGAGCAACUGGUUAUUUUACAAAAUAAGUGCCCCGUACUCAAUAAAAGUGUUAAAAGAUCAUUCAACGUCGAUUUCGAACUUUGCAACGACUCGAUUGAAUAUUUAAAUCUUUUUAUUCAGAAUUCUAUGAAUGAAACCCUUAUCAAGUCGUUAAGUUUAAUUUGCCUGCUUCACAACACCUUAAGCUACAUGUUGGUGUAUGGCUUACUAAACGAAAAUGAACUCAAACAUCAUAAAUUAUUUAAGAAUAUAGGGCAAAUUUUGAGUCAGGACUUUAUAACUGCCUGUUUGAUAAGAUACAAGACGCACAACGAAAGGUUGUUAAAAGAGUUAGACGAAUGUGUAUAUGUACUUACGGCUGUUUUUUCGACAAAGAAUGCGUUGACGUUUACUAUUAAGGAGCAAUUUCCACUAGGAUUUUUAAGAUCAUUGUUUGACAUUUUCAAUUUUUUGGAGGUUGAUUCAGCGAAAAAGGCUGAAAUUCAACAUAAAGUUAAAAGAAACUUGAUCAUAGCAUUGUCAAAUUAUUGCUUCGUCUCAAAUCUGGACACUUUGAGUGAAUGUCAGCAUAACCUUAUGUCAGUAUUAGCUACGCCGGACUAUGAUUAUGUCAGUGACACCGAAUUUGACUUGAGCAUCACGUUUUUGCAAUUCGUUACAUUUGCGUAUCCUGGUUCAAUUCCAGAAGAUAUAAUAGCCAAAAUUUUAGAUUGCGUUCAGGGAAUGUGUAAGCUAAGAUUCCGUUCAUAUAAUGACUCCCUAAGGAUACUUUCUGUUCUGAAAGGACUGCACCCACACAUUACUUCUCUAGAAAAUGAAUGUUUCAGGGAGGUAGCAGUCAACUUAUUAUAUCCAUUUUAUGCGCGUUCCACAUGUUAUGGACCUCAAGUUUCUUUGUCAUUAUUGGAAUGUAUCGGGAGCUUGUGUAAGGUGGGUGUGGGAUCCAAAUUGCCUACAUGGGAGAACAUCGAAAUAAUUAGAAAAGUGCCAGAAUUUUUGAUUAGUGAGUACCAAUGUGUAAGAUUCAAGGCAAUAGAAACAAUAGUAGAAUUCUUUAAAUCUACGUCAAAGAGCACCAAUUUAGAAGAUUUUCAUCGACAAGAAGAAAUAUUUGCAGAAUUGUAUGACAUGAGUAUCAAGGUGUUUAACGUCGAAGGAAAUUUUAGUAAUGAACGUAGGUCGGAUGAAAUAAUAUGUCGAUCCGCUAGUGCAUUGCACACUUUUCUUGCAUUGAUGAUUACCUGCAACAGUUGGUUAGAAGAAUCCCUCCUGGCCAUCAUAAAAUUGGAACACCAUAAAAAAUUAGGCGCAUUUGAGAAAAUAUUUCCAAUUAUAAGCCAUUUAUUUUCCGCUGAUGGCUGCAUGGAAAAGUUCUUGGAGAAUAUAAUUUCAAAAUGGAUAUCCGCCGGAUAUCAUAUCAACGAAUUUCAGUUUAAAUUUUUUAAUUGUCAAGAUAAGUUUGAGCUAUAUACUAGAUACUUUGAUGUAUGUCUGCCAAUUUUGUUAACGCAUGAUCGAAAUGAUUUAUUUAAAGCAGCAAAGGGAUUUAACAUGUCAGAAAAGGAUGUUUUUCAGAAAUUGGGUACCAAAAUUUUUGCUAUGGCCUUAGCAAAGGACUUUGAAAGCCUUGGAGAAGCUUUAAUGCAAAAAAAUAUUGAGGUUUCCUAUUUAAACCAUGUUUUAGGCGAUAAUCUGAAAACUACAAUAAGUGAAAAUAUUGAUGAACUAAUAAUAAGUUUGUUACGAUCCAUCACUGACGAAAAACUUAUUUACAAAUGUUUAGGGGAAAACGUUUUAUUUCUGUCUCAUGGAAUUUCAUGUGAUGUUUUUUUUGCUUGUUUAAGAUUCAUUGAGAUGUUUUUGUAUAAAGGGACCAACAUAAUUAAAUUCCUUUGUUCUGGACAACUCCACAAAAUACAAAGAAUUAUCCUUGAGCUGCAAUUAAACAUUGACAGUGCUAUUGCCGACCAGAAAAUAAAAAAUUUUCAUAGAUAUACUGUUUUUGUGAGUUUAUUGAUGACAAAUUUAAAUGGUAACUCAAAUUUUCUUGUCUAUGUCCUGAGGGAUACGAUCUAUUUCGUUAUCCAUUUAAUAAAAAAUAAUAUUGCCGAAGCAACACUGGGAAGCGCAUGUAUCAAGUAUUUGAGCACAUUUUUAAGAGGGGUGUUGCCGCUGUACGCAAAACAUCUGGAAAUUUUUUUAAUGUUUGUUGUAAAUUCUUUAAAAAAUUUUGCACUAACGAAUGCAUAUAUCUCAAAGCAGUGUAUAGAUGUUUUGGAAUUCCUUCUAAUUGAAAAUGCUGUUCCGUUAGUAAAAGCAAUAGAAAAACUUGACGCUUUUCCUCAAACGGAAGAAUUUAAAGGAAUUAGAUCAGUUCACAACAAAAUUAAAUAUGGAAAGAAGGAAGUGACUUUAGAACACGAAAUUAAAUGCUUUUUGGAAUAUGAUGAUAUGGCAACAAGGCAAGACAGUUUAGUUUACCUCAAAAGCGUGCUAGCAAAAGAGAAAGAGCAGUUAAAGACACUAUUUGAUAAGUUGGCCAACAUCCAAGGAUUUUCCGAACAUUGUGAGAAUAGUCUUUUGCAUAAAUUGGUUUCAGUAUUAGUGAAAAUGAGUUGCUUUCCAAACGAAAGUCUAAAUUUUGAAGCUAUUAAAUGUCUAGGAGAAUUAGGGCCGGCGAAUUUGAUGACUUUAGUUUUAAAGCCAGAAGAGCGAGUUAGAGAUUUGGGAUGUAGUGCUUUUCAACUCCUAACGGGAUGCGUCGUUUACCUAUUGAGUCAGUACCUUAUAGAUGCUGACGUUAAGGUUGUUAGUAGAUCAAGCGACGCACUCUAUCAGGUGUUGAAAUACAAAGAAGGAAAGAAAGUUGUUGAUUCGGGUACGGACUAUGGAUUUGGAGUUAUUACUAAAAAUUAUGUAUUACCAUAUAUUUCAUCUAAAACUUUAAUCACAUCCAAAGUUAAAUUGGAUAUCCAAAAGUUUAUCCAGUUGGUGGAUGAUUCAGAUUUGUGGUGUCCAACUGAGACCGUGACUACCGAUGACUGGAUAAUCUCGUUAGUAUCAGCAUUUUUGACCGCCUUUGACGGCAACUGUUUUUUGCCGCAACUUAUUCCUGUUUGUAAAGUGAAAGCAAAAUUUUGCGAAGCCAUUUUGCCUUUACUUGUCCAUUUGUUGUUAUUCAUUAAUAACCAAACCGUCACGGAAACUUUGUCUGCACAAAUUAACGAGUUCUUUUCUCGCCAUUGGAAUCUAACUGUUACAAACAUAACAAAUCAAGACCUUAUUGCAGUCAACAAGAAAUCUGUCAAAUGCAUGCUUGAUGUAAUCAAUUUUGUUAGACAGCAGUCUAGUUUUUCGAAGGAGUUGGGAAAUUUGCGGUUGGAUUAUUUACGAAUAGCAAACGCGGCUGCAUUUUGCUCGGCCCAUUUCACAGCGCUUUUUUAUGGUGAACUGUGGUGCCAAGAAAAGAUAUCCGAAAUUGAACAAAAUGAUUUCGGCAACGCUGCUUCUUUAGAAAACGGUUAUACACGUUUAGAUAUAAUCUACGAGAGUGUCUCUGAAGAAAUCGGGACAACUUUACAAAGUAUAUUACGUAGCGCCUAUAAAGCGAUUGGUGAUAUCGAAGCACUCUCUGGUUGCGGUAUAUCACCUUUAAUGCGUCCGGAAUUUCGUGUCGACCACUAUAAAAAUUUGAACCAAUGGGGACACGUUUUGCAUUAUUACAGCACUCAACUUUUAGAAGAACCAUACGUAGAUAGCACCAAUUUUAUGGAAAGCCUGAAAAUGAAUCGUCUUUAUCAAUUGCCUUUACUGUGUUCAGAUAUAUCUGAAGUGCCUCAGUACGAGUGUCUCUGGCGCUUGGGACAGUGGAGUACCAAAAAAAGAGACAAUUUAAGAGAAGUUAAGAUUAGUUCUGAUGGUUACGAAAAAUAUAGAUUUUAUUCGAUUAAAGCCUUACGCGAUGGUGACCUAUAUGCUUUCAAUGAAUCAAAAAGAAAACUUGGUCUAUGCGUAAUGGAAAGUUUGAAGCACAUUAGUUUGGAAAGUAGCAAGAAUCUGUAUCCGAUUCUUAGUCAGUUGCAAAGUCUCAUUGAAAUAGAAGAUUUUUCUGAAGCAAAUGAAAGCGGGACUUUUGAUGCUAUAUUUAAAAAGUGGCACCUUCAGGACUCGCUAAUAAGACUGAAUGACUUUCAAUAUGUGGAGCCAAUAAUGGCCCAAAGAUUGACUUUGUUAAACGAGUUUGUUAAAAAACGUGCUGACUUGAAGCAAUUUUUAUUUGAAACAAGUUUAGAUUUCGUAGAUUACGCUAAAUCCGAAGGACACGUUCAAGUAGCUUCUAAUAUAAUAUAUAAUUUGCUAAAAAUUGAAAAUCUUAGUGAAGAGAUCAAAAGCAAUAUUCAGCUGAGAGAGGCUCAACUGUCGUGGUUGAGAAACGAUAGGGUGCUGGCGAAACAUAUUUUAAGUAAAUUGUGCAAGAGUGAAAGUAUUUCACCCAAAUUAAAAGCCAAUGCCCUGAGGCUUCAAGGAGAAUACAUGAUCGAAACCUACUCUGACUCGACAAUCAUUUUAAACAAUUUUCUUAAAUCACUUAGUUUGCUGUCUGAGUUAUUAGGCAGUUUAGCAGAAGAAGAUCACAGAGACAUUCAAGACACGUUUGAUAAAAUAGCGACUUUUGCUGAUAAAGAAUAUCAACAGAUCAUGAAACACGUGAAAUCCGAUGUCUUUCAAAAAAAAGUUUCAAACAUGAAAAAGUGUAGGGAAUUGGUAAAAAAUAUGCGGCAAUGGCAAACAACAGAGGAUGAAAAAAAAUCAGCAACAAUACACCAUAGGCAGAGUGAUAUCGACGAAAUAGAGAUCAAUAAUGCAAAAGCGGAGAAAGAUAAGAUGUUGACUCGUGCGGUGAAAUAUUAUUUGAAAAGUUUGAUAUUGAGUGACCUAAACAACAUUAAGAUUUUCCGAUUGAUGUCAUUAUUUCUCGAGAACAGGGAUAAUGAAAAAGCAGGAACGGAAAUUUCAAAACGUUUGCAUGAGAUCCCAUCAUAUAAGUAUAUAACCAUGUUACCGCAACUCACACCUCAUAUCUCGGAACACCCGACGGAUUUAUUUGGCGAAAAGAUAAAUGCAAUAAUUGAAAAGUGCGCGAUCGAGCAUCCCCACCACACUUUGCCCCUGAUAAUGGCCCUCGUUAACUCUAACAAAGAUCGAGAAUAUUCCAAUUCAGGAACAAAGGCACUCAAUAACGAAAGAAUUUCAACGGCAGCGAAUAUGCUUCAGAAAUUAAAGUAUAAACACAAUUUAUCGGAUCUGAUUAACAAAAUGCAACAAGUGGCCGAGGCGCUGAUAGAACUUGCUUACUUCGUAGAUCCAAAGCAGGACAAGACAAAUAGAAGGAAGGAAUUCGAGAUUCCCAGAACACUUAAAAUUCACAAGAUUAAAAAUUUCAUUAAUGUCCUGGUUCCCACCUACAAUUUACCUGUCAAUAAAACAAAUAACUAUGAGAAUAUUACAGGUAUAUCUGCGUUUUCCACAUCCUACCAGAGCGUCGGAGGUAUAAACGCGCCAAAACGAAUCGUUUGUAAAACUACCACAGGUGAAAGUCACUCCCAGUUGGUUAAAGGACAAGAUGAUCUGAGGCAGGACGCCGUAAUGCAGCAAGUUUUUACCAUAAUGAACAGUUUGCUAUCGUCAAAUAAACAGACACGCACUUUGCUCAUUAGAACAUAUAAAAUUGUGCCGUUGUCAAUGAGGAGCGGUGUAUUGAAAUGGAACGACAACACUAUGCCCAUUGGACAUUUUUUGAUUGGUGAAAAUGGAGGUAGCGGCGCGCAUUCUAAGUUCAGGCCAAUGGAUAUAUCACCUACUGAUUGUCGUUCACUUUUCACUAAAUGUCAAAAAUCUCCUAGCGAGCGAAAACUGAAAGUGUAUAAUGAUAUAUGCACGAAAUUCAAACCGGUUUUCCAUAAGUUCUUUGAAACAUAUUUCCCUCAGUCAACCGUCUGGUACGAAAGAAGGAGGGCGUACAUUUACAGCGUUGCCACAUCGAGCAUGUGUGGUUACAUCUUAGGAAUUGGCGAUAGACAUGCGAGCAACAUACUUAUCGACAAAAACACAGCCGAAGUAAUACACAUAGAUUUUGGUAUUGCAUUUGAACAAGGAAAAUGUUUACCGACUCCAGAAACUGUACCCUUUCGACUCUCUCGAGAUAUCGUGGAUGGUAUGGGAAUCUCAGGAAUAGAGGGGUUAUUCCGAAGCGCUUGUGAAAGGACAAUGGAAGUUCUGAGAACAAAUGCUCAAACAAUUUUGACGAUAUUAGAGGUUUUGUUAUAUGAUCCUUUAUAUUUCUGGACUGUUACAGCUGCUGAAGCUAACAAACGUCAAACGGACGACGAAUAUAUUAGAGGCAUUUCAGAAGAUUCCGAAGAAGAAAAUAAAAAUAUUUCUGCUGAAAGAGCUUUACUUCGAUUACGAAGCAAACUUCAAGGAACAGAGGGAGGCAAACAAACCAGUAUUGAGGAGCAAGUUGAUACUUUGAUACAACAGGCUGUGAACCCAGUGAAUUUGUCCAGGUUGUUUUAUGGUUGGCAACCAUAUUUGUAGUUAUUUCAUUAUUACUACCUUUUUUUAUGAUUAAAUUAAGAAUAUGAUUUAUUAGAAGAAAAAUAUAUUUUUUUA